GCCAAGGCUACUGCUCCGCUCCGACGGCUCCGGCGAUUUGCUGUGGGACGUGGGGGGUCGUGUCGCGCCGUCUGGGGAGGUGACGGCGAGCAUUGAGGAAUCCUCAGAGACAGCAUCACUUGCAAGAUGGAUGGGCGUCCAACAUCCACCCCAACAGACGCUGCUGCUGCCGGCACCUCGUCAUCCCGCACGCCCGGCACGAACUCCGUGUACUGUGUCUCGUUCAAAGACACGCACACGGAUGUGUUGAAUGUGACGCCGACAGCGCCACGCAGCGGUGAUGGGGCGAAGCUCAGUUACCCUGACGGCCGCGGCGAGGCAGUGAUAGGUGAAGACUGCUCCAUGUACGGACAUUCGCGAAGCCUUCUGCAAGAGGAAUCUGGUGCUUCCCAGUCACCAUCGAGAACGGACGGCGGCUACAGCACGUUCGACCCGGCCGACGACGCCAUCGACGCGCGGCGCAUCGUUUACUGCCUGCACGGCGACGAGCUGACGGCCUGCGAGCAAGGAUGCUCUCAGGAGCGCAUCGACGAGCUCCAGCGGCUCCGGCAAGAUCCGCACUGUCACGUGUCGCGCACUGCUGGGAUGAACCAGGCGGCGCGCAAGAAGCUGAUCGUGGCCAGCGUACUCUGCCUCUUCUUCAUGGUGGCUGAGAUCGUCGGCGGCUACCUCUCCAACUCGAUCGCCAUCGCUACGGACGCGGCCCACCUGCUGGCCGACUUCGCCAGCUUCAUGAUCUCGCUGUUCUCGCUGUGGAUCGCGUCGCGGCCGGCCACUUCCCGCAUGAGCUUCGGCUGGCACAGGGCAGAGGUGAUGGGCGCUCUGGUCUCCGUGCUGCUCAUCUGGGUGGUGACUGGCGUGCUGGUCUACAUGGCCAUCCAGCGUGUCAUCUAUCGCAACUUCGAACUCAAUGCCGUCAUCAUGCUCAUCACGUCCGGCCUGGGCGUCUUGGUCAACAUCAUUAUGGGCUGCACGCUGCACCAGCACGGCCACUCCCACGGCGGCGGAUCGGCUCACUCGCACGGUGGCGGUGACAACAUCAACGUCCGCGCCGCCUUCAUCCACGUGAUCGGCGACUUCCUGCAGAGCAUCGGCGUCUUCAUCGCCGCGCUUGUCAUCUACUUCAAGCCCGGCUGGAUCCUGGUGGACCCGAUCUGCACGUUUGUGUUCAGCGUGUUCGUCCUGGGCACGACGCUGACCAUCCUGAAGGACACCAUCAACGUGUUGAUGGAAGGCAUCCCGAAAGGGAUAGACAUAGAUGACCUGCAGACCAUUCUGGAGCACAUCCCGGGCGUGGUGAAAGUGCACAACCUGCGCGUCUGGUCCCUCAGCAUGGACAAGCCGGCCCUCUCGGCCCACAUCGUCAUAGGUCUGGGCGUGCAGCCGCAGGAGGUGCUGGGCCAGGCCACGCUGCUGGUGCGCGCCAAACACGACUUCUACGAAAUGACGCUGCAGAUCGAGGAGUACCACGAGAAGAUGCAGGACUGUGACCAAUGUCUGGGGCCGGCCGGCCGGCGGGCAGAGCCGUGCUGAAACAGCCGACCUCGGUUUGCCGGACCGAGCCGUGCUGGGUCAUACGGAGCCGUCCUGGGCCUAUCCCCGUCCUGCCGAGCUGGCCUUCGGUUCUGUGGCGCUGCGGGUGCUGCGCUGCUGUACUGUGCCUUGCGAUGGGUCGGCCACCGACGGUGCCGAGCGGGGGGGGGGGGGGG